AAAGCCAGGUCCUUCAUCCCUCACUCCCUCGAGCCAUUCUCAGUCUCCAACUCAUUCCCCAAAACACAACCCUAGGUUACAGUGGUCUUCUCCACAGCCGCAAGGAGUGCGCCGCCGUUCCUUGCGAUCAGGGGCCACCGGGUAGUCCGCGCUUCUUCGUCAUUCAAGCUGUAUCGCCAUCUCUUCUCUCUUCUUCAAGCUGUGUCGCCGCGGCUGUCCUAUUGCCGCCGUUCCAGCACCGCCUUCGAAUCUGCUCCAGUCGCCGUCCCCGCUGUUCCACCGCCGUGGCGACUCGUCGCUGCCAUAGCAACUCGUCGAAUCGUCUCAAUUUCGUCGCCUCUGUUCCACUUCUGUCGCGCUGCCUCUGUUCCGUCGGGCUCCAACCGUCGCCUGUGUCUUCUGGUUUGAGUUCCUCAUUUGUGCUCCCUCUCCCUCAUCUGUGUUUGAGUUCCAGCCCAGUGGAAGUUUCUGCUGCAUCAAUCAAAUAUCCAUCCAUGUUUGCUUCGGUGAGCGACAGCACUAUCCUUGUUUUGCGCCACUGCCGCCUCUUACUUCCACGUCUCACCGUUUCUGUUUCCGUUACAUCACCGUCUUCUCUCUUAUUCUCUCCGUCUUCCUCCUCUUACUUUCCUCCAACAAUGAACAACAAAAGCAGAAACCCCAAUACCUCUUCCUUCUCCUCCUACGCUCACUCCUCUUCCAGUGGUGGAAGAGGAAGUUCUUUUGACAUGAGGAACGACAGGGAAAGAACAAGAGGACGUGGCAGUGGCCGUGGUGGUGGUGGCAGCUCCGGGAAGGAUAAAAUUGACGCUCUUGGUAGGCUCCUGACGAGGAUUUUGCGUCAUAUGGCAUCUGAAUUGAACUUAGAUAUGCGAAGUGAUGGUUAUGUCAAAGUUAAUGAUCUGCUAAAGCUGAAUAUGAAGACAUUUGCUAAUAUUCCAUUAAGAUCCCACAAUAUUGAUGAUGUUAGGGAGGCUGUUCGAAAGGACAAUAAGCAGCGCUUCAGCCUUAUAGAAGAGAAUGGGGAGCUACUUAUACGAGCUAACCAAGGCCAUACAAUAACGACUGUUGAAACUGAAAGCUUGUUGAAACCAAUCCUUUCAGCUGAAGAAGUUCCAGUUUGCGUGCACGGAACCUACAGAAAAAACUUGGAUUCAAUUCUAGAAUCCGGCCUCAAGCGCAUGAAGAGAUUGCAUGUUCAUUUCUCUUGUGGUUUACCAACAGAUGGAGAAAUAAUAAGUGGUAUGAGGCGAGAUGUAAAUGUUCUGAUCUUUUUAGAUGUUAGAAAAGCAUUGGAGGAAGGUAUGAAGCUUUUCAUUUCUGACAACAAGGUUAUCUUGACAGAAGGUUUUGAUGGAGUUGUACCCCCCAAGUAUUUCCAAAAGAUAGAAUCGUGGCCCGGUAGACAACCUAUUCCUCUCCAAAAUAAUUUGUCGUAGUUUAUUACUGGUUUAGGAUUACAGUGUGUGGAUUACUGCUUGCCUGAUUGGUUGUGUAAACAAUGGCAGUUUUUUCAGUCUUCACCACCGUUAUUUGGACUUUCUUAUUAGAAAUUCAAUUAGUCCGGCUUGAGAAACUGUCAUUGUUUCUUCAGCAUGGAUGUUUUAUACUCUUGUUAAAUUUAAAACAAAAUGGUUAAGUCUAACUCAUCCUAUGAAUUGUUAAUAAAGUUUUUCCGAAGUUUCAA